AUGGUGUUGUCGGUUGCCGUGGAAGCACCUGUGCCACGCUUUAAUCAUGCAUCUACCGUUGUUGGGAACAAGAUGAUCGUGGUUGGUGGUGGAUUUGUGAACGAAAUUUUAGAUGAUGUGCAGGUUCUUAAUUUCAAUACUUUUUCUUGGACCAUGACAUCAUCAAAGCUUUACUUGUCACCUAGUAAUCUUCCACUUAAAAUUCCUUCAUGCAAAGGCCACGUUCUGGUUUCAUGGGGAAAGAAAACCCUCUUGGUUGGAGCCCAAGCUAACACUAGACAAAGGGGAAGCAACCAAGCCGCUGUCUCUCUUUUGACCAACCUCGCACGCGUCGCUUCCGGUCUCGGUGCGACCGCCAGUAUCCUUGGCGCUUCCACGUACACCGUUGACGGUGGUCAAAGAGCUGUUGGAAGGGAGGUCUUGAAGGACGUGGUUGCACAGUUCAAUGCAGAUCAGCUUCUCACCGAGAGUCCCCAAGGUCAAGACCACGAGCACAUGCUGAAGCAAAAGAUGUUGGUGCUUGAAGGGAAUGACUGUAUCAUUUUCUGGGCAGCUUGGGAUGGCGAAAAUCCCAUAUUCCUUGCUCCGGCUCAUCACUCGAAGUUGCCCACCAAUCAUUCUGAUGAACUUGAAUCCCACUGUGUUGCUGCCCCGGAGAUUAAUUCAUCAGGGAACUCCGAGAAUUGGAUGGUGUUGUCGGUUGCCGUGGAAGCACCUGUGCCACGCUUUAAUCAUGCAUCUACCGUUGUUGGGAACAAGAUGAUCGUGGUUGGUGGUGGAUUUAUGAACGAAAUUUUAGAUGAUGUUCAGGUUCUUAAUUUCAAUACUUUUUCUUGGACCAUGGCAUCAUCAAAGCUUUACUUGUCACCUAGUAAUCUUCCACUUAAAAUUCCUUCAUGCAAAGGCCACGUUCUGGUUUCAUGGGGAAAGAAAACCCUCUUGGUUGGAGCCCAAGCUGACACUAAACCUAAACCAUUUUCCUCUAAAAACCACCUAGCAACCCUAGAUCCAAGAUUAUACCUCUCGAAAGCUUUGAACUCCGGCGACCACUUGGCUUUCCGGCACUCCUCCGAUGAAGGGUCACUGUGGAUGACGGAUGAACUGGAGAGAUUGGCGGUGGCUCGAGAACUCACCAGCGGCGGCUCACUCGGCUCGGGAGUGACCGGUGAAGACCACGCAAGGCUGGGGAAGCUAAAUAGCCAGAGGCGGCUGGCUGGCUUGCUGAUGAGUUAG